UCCAGCUGCGGCCGCACUGAGUUUAUGAACAACAUAGAAAACAACAAAUUUAUUAGCAAAAUGGUUAGCAGAAAUAUAGAAAGCACGAGUAAGGUGCCCACUUUCCAUGUCAUCCGCGAGGUCUACGACAGCUCCAAUGCCCAUGAAAGAUUCGAGGCUGAGCUGGACAAGGCGCUGGAAGCCAAGUUGGACUUCAUCGUUAUAGAGCCGCCUCGGCUGGGCGACGAAACUGGUCGUUGGAUUUGGGUGGGCAAUUGCCUGCACAAGACGGCGGUGGCCACUGGAGUGGUUUCCCUGGUGGCCAGCUUGCUGUGGCGGGAUCGCCCCAUCAUUGCAGCUCCCGCUUGUGCACUCUCGAUUUUUUGCACAGGACUGUACACGGUUUCCUGGAACUACGAUCCAUGUUGUCAAUAUCAGGUGGAAAAUAAUGACACCGUGUUGGAGAAACUGCCACUGACAGAUGUCUCCUCGCCUGUGAUUUUGGGCUACUCGCCCAACUCAAAAACCAAAUACUUGCACCGUAGCGUAUCCUUGCUCUCGGCUGCCCUGUGCGCCUGGCAGAUUUGGAGGUCCUACAAGUAAGGGAUUUGCAGGAGCUCUGAAAUGUCCAGGUGCUGGAUUAGGCCUGUCCCCUGUCUCGCGGACGCGUAAUACCUAAUAAGUUAAGUUUAGGCACAUAGGCGAAUGCAUUUCUUUUAGAUUUUCGAACGAUUUUAACACAAUGUAUUGUCUUUCGUGAAACUUUUAAAUGUUCCCAUAAACCAGUGUCCAUGUCCAGUGUUCCCGUGGCUGCCACUUGCACUGGCUAGCAUGCUCAUAACUUAUUACGGUCCCCAAGCCCAAGUUAGUCUUAAGGGAGGAGCAGCCUCUGCACUGUAAAUUAAGCAAAGCCAACCUCUGUGUAUAAAGCGAAACCCAUUUAUGAUUGUUAUUAGAGUCUAGUUGAAGAUAUCAGCAAACGAAAGUCAAGUAAACGCGAUGCGAAUGUUACUCCCGGCUUUAAAGUUACUCCAUAGCUAAGAGAGUCUAAGAGUGAGUGCGAUAAGAGACCCCUUCGAAAUUCGUAGCUGAUGAUUUAAUGGAAAUGUUGUGCUUCAUGCGGGCUGGUUCUCUCCCUUGUUCUCGUCUCAGUCGUUUUGUGCAUUCUGCUGGCAGUGGUUGACAGCGGCGACUCCGAUCGAUCGAGUGGUGUGUUCCAGUGCGAUCCGGUAAGGAGCUGACCCACUCACAGCACCACCUUGAUGCCGAGGCUGCAGCCAGAGCGGUCUAGCCAUGGACUCCAGCCACAUAGCCGUGCGAGUGGCACGUCGUAGUCCCUCGCCGGCCGCCGUCUCUCAGUCGUCGUACGGCAGCCUGGGUUCCAGCCAAGAUAUACACAUUCGAGUGGACAAGGAAGGCGUUGCAAGCGAAUCCACUCCCUUGCUGGCAGCUGCUCAGCGGUCCAUCAAGACGUCCUCAUCCCUCACAGCCUCAGUCUCAGCCUCCUCCACGACGCCUUCGAAUUGCCGAAGGAACCCGACGCUCCACGAAGACUGCUUCAAUUGGCGCUCGGUGGGACUGCUGGUCAUGUGUGCAUCCGCCUUGGCACUGGCCGCCUAUUUGCUCUGGAGACAAAGUGGACAAAGCCACUUAAUGACUGAAUCACUUUGCACUGCUUGCAGCCCAAACGCCGGACUUUGGCUAUCGACUCAGUAUCGUGGGUCAUGGCAUAUGGUCGGAUAUGGAACUUCAGGGUCGGGGAACUCUUUUCGAUCCGAUCGGUGUCGGCACAGUGAUUUUUACCCACACUGGAAGCAAUGAAUGCCACGAUGAUUGCCCGGAUGUAUUGCAUAAGCUGGAAAGGUCGCAUGUGGGGGAGCUGCCCUACAACUUUCUGGUCGCCGGUGAUUGUCAGGUUUUCGAGGCACAAGGAUGGCACUAUCGGAGCCAGUAUCCAAGGGAUCUAAAUGGAAUAGACUCGUUGGUGAUGGCCUUUGUGGGUAACUUCAGCGGCAGACCACCCAUCGAUUGCCAGUUGAUGGCCGCCCAGGCUCUGAUCCUUGAGUCUUUAAAGCGUCGGAUUCUGCAGCCAAUUUACCAACUCUUCGUGUUGGGCAGCUAUACGGACGCACUGCAGCGGGAACUGAGGCACUGGCCGCACUACGCGAGCCACCAAACGUCCAAGUGAAGCAACAAAGAGAUGAUUCCAAAUUAUUCCUCUCGUUUAUUGUACGCCAAACACAAACACAGUAUACAAAGAAGCGCAGGAUGAGUAAAGCGGUUGCCACCGAUAAGCGAAUCAGGGAUCCCCAGGAUCGGGCGCUGGCCAGGAUCGGGGGACCGGCGAAGCGUUGCGCAUUGGGUUAAUUGAUUGGAUGUUGCCUAAGACUAAGGACUAUAAACUUAAACUACAACUGGCGAUCGGUUAGUCGAACUCCAGUUUCCGAAAGCUACCCUCGAUGGACUCGAUUUGUGAAACGAAGUUGGGUCCGCCGGUGGAGGCCUUUCCGGCAUUGAAGCUGCUGCGCCGCUGGAUGCCGCGAUCGGAGCGCAGUAUGCUCUUGUCCAGACCGAGAAUCAGGUCGCGCUUGGUCGCCAGCUCCUGCUUCCACAGCUCGAUCAUCUCGCGCAUGGGCACCUUGCCACCCAUUUCCAGCGGCAGACAGCCCUGGUCCACGCUCUUCAUCAGCUCCUUCUCGCUGCCGUAGAUGAUCAGGCGGUUCUUCAUCUUGGAACUGACGCGGUUCUUCACGAAAUCAAUAAGCCACUUGAGUGUGGAUGGUACAUUGAUCAGGUGGAUCUCCUUGUGACGCAUGGGCAGCGAUUGCUCACCCCACUUGAAGAUGCGGGCAAACUCCGUGGGAUUCCAGUUGGUCACAUGCGCCGUGGUCACGCCGGCGAAGUCGCCCACAUGCGUUAGCCCAGUGAUCUGUGUUUCCUGAUCCUCCAUCAAGCACUCGUAGGUGAGGAAGUGCGCCUUGGCCUGGUCGCAGCUUGUGUGGAUCUUCGGAUUUAGCCCCUUGGCAUUGAUGACCACCACGCGGCGACCGUGCUUGUCACGCUGUGGCACCGCAAAUAUGUAUCCCUGAUCGAUGAGGUCGCCGAGACGCGGCUCCAGAUAGUCCAGCUGGGUGCUCAUGUGCGGGAACGUCCUCCUGAUGUUCAGGUACUUGAGCAGCGUCUGCUCGGCCAUCGGCACACUGAACUUCUUGGCGCGCAGGAAGCGCAGCAGGAAGGUAUCGUCGCAUCGCACAUUCUGCAGAUCCUCGUUCUUGGCCACCCAGUUGCGCAGCUGCUCCAGCGACUGCUCCCGCGUGCAUCGAUCCUCGCGCAGCUCCCGCUUGGCGAUCUUCAGCAGCGCCUCUGGCAGGCCUGUCGUCUCCCCCUGAUCCUGCACCAUAUUCUGCUUUCCUUCUUCGCUGGAAGAUCUGCGAUUCGUUGGUUCUGCUCUGUGGUCACGCGAUUGGCAUGGACUGCGGUCACUACAAAGAAUGAUAAGAAGUCCACGGAUUAGUCGGGUUUUUUCUCAAAUCCACAUUGUAUGAUUAAUAUUUAUACUAUAUAUAUGUAUAUGUUCUUAAAGAGAUUGAAUUUACUUACUUACAUACUUGUAAAAUAUAUAAUUAAAUU